AAAAAGCCGGCCAAACAAGACGUUUGAAGAAAAAGGAAAGUCUUCAAAAAAUAAUAAAGACUCACAUCGAGUGGAAUAGAAAAGAAGCAAAACAAUCAAAAAGAAAUAAAAUAAAAAAUUUUGAGAACUGACUGAGUAAAAUAUAUAAAAAAGCUUUCAAGGUGCAUUAAGAAACAAUUGGAGCUUUUUUACCAGCUCUGCGAACAACAAAAAAAGUAUUGAUGCUGUUGCAAUAAUUAAGCAAGCGGCAUAGAAAUAGUUUUUUGUUGAGACUGAUUGAUAGUCAUCGGUUAAAAAGAGUUCACAAGUUAUUAAGGCACAGAAAUAAGGAAGUGAAUUUUAAAGCUAGUUGCUUGAUAAACAUAAGACAUUUAUAAUAUUCCAAGAAAGUGUGAUAAUAAAGGAUUAUUUGACAAGUAUCGUAGAAGAUAACAAAAGCAGAAAAUAUGCUGAGCAUUGCAAAUAAAGUAUUUCGUGAUUUUAAGGAAUUCUAUAAUGAAAUAAAUGCAGCGACAUUGACUGGAGCUAUAGAUGUAAUUGUUGUAGAACAACAAGAUGGAACGUAUUUAUGCUCGCCAUUUCAUGUGCGCUUCGGAAAGCUUGGUGUUUUGAGGAGCAGAGAAAAAAUCGUUGAUAUUGAGAUAAAUGGCGAGGCAGUAGAUAUUCAUAUGAAAUUAGGAGAAUCAGGUGAAGCAUUUUUUGUAGAAGAAUGUUCAGAAGGUGAUUUAGAUGAGUUACCGAAUUUAGCAACAUCACCAAUACCCACAAAUGAGUUGACAAGCUUCGAAAAUAGUUUAAAUGCAACACAUGAUGACAUAAAAAUUCCACUCCCACGCCGUAAUUCAGUGGAUGUAUCAAAAGAUAUUUCAGAGAAUGAUCGUAGUUCAAGCAAGUUUGAGAAUCAAGCAUCAGACUUUUCACAGCGUCGUCAUACCGAUAAUGAUCUCGAAAGGCGUGAUUUAACGACAAAUAAAUUAGAAUUUACUACACAAAAGUUGCGUCAAGAAUUUUCAGAAGAACAAGAUCAGUUAUAUGAUGAGAUAAAGGAGAAAUUCAAUUUACGUCAAAUGGACGAAAGUCAUCAAUUUUGUCCAAUUAAUGAAGAUACAAAAGAUGAUAGUGAUAAUAAUAAUAAUAAUAAAGAUUCGCUAGAAAUUGAUCUCGCAAUAAAGAGUGAUGCAUUCAAAGAAAAGUCUGAAGAUAAAGGUCUAGUCAAGGAUGAUAAUAAAUCAGCAGCAUCACAACAGUCAAAGAAAAAGAGAAGAAAGAAGUCAAUGAUAAAGAAGAAAAAUUCACAAAGAAAGGGUAGUACAAGUAGCUCAGCAGGUAGUAAUUCUGAUCAAGUGGAAUAUGAAGGAACGGAUAAUAAUAUUUCAAUAAUUAGCUUAUCAAAUGAUACAUCACCAAAUACUGAGAAUGACAUAACAAAAGAGUUACCAAGAGACGAGGAAUCAACACCAAUGUUGAAAGAUGAUGGCCAAAGAAGCAAAUCAGAAUUUGCAUUACAACUUGAUAGCCAUCGUGAGCUUUUGUCAGACAUUCAUUUCUUUAGCGACGGAGAAUUAGGAACAACCAGUCAACAUCCAUCACGUCCAGCAUCACCAAUUCAAAGUGAUACAGAAUUUGAAGUAUCACAGCGUGAAAAGAGUGAUAAUAUCAUGACAAAUUCUGCAAGCUGGAAAUGGGGAGAUCCAAUUGUUCAAACUGAGGAUAUUGUUGUUGAUCAAAAUGUCUCGGACACAAAUAAGAGAAAUUCAAUGUUGAGUGGAAUGUUGAGCUUUAUGAAACAUAAACGUAAGACGAAUCAACAAGAUGGUUUAUAUUUAUCAGAACUUGAUGCCGAAGGAAUGGAUCCAGAAGUAGCUGCACUAUAUUUCCCACCUACUAAUGGAAAACCAAAUGGUGAUAUUCAGCGUGGACCAGAAGAAGAUCGUGAAAGUGGAAAUGGAACAAGUUUACCACAUAGCAAUUCGACUAGCAUGGAAUUGAUUAAAUCAGAUUCUGAUUAUGAAUGUAACAAGUCAGCUGGCAAUCCAGAUUCAUCAUUAAACUUUGUUGCUUUAUCAUUGUGCGGUGGAAUGGAAAAAGGCGGUCCAUCUGAAGAUGAAUUUGAAAGCAACAUUGUUCAAUAUUCUGAUAUUUGUCACAAUCCAGCACUUUUUGCAUCGCCAAAUCUUGUUGUUCGAAUUAAUAGCAAAUAUUAUAGUUGGGCUACAGCCUGUCCUUAUGUCAUGACAUUAUUAGCUUAUCAAAAGCCAUUACCACAAGAAGUUUGUGACAAGCUAUUGCCACCAAGCAAAACGCCAGAAAAGGAUGAAACUCCAACAAAGGAUGAGCAGCAACAGCAGACAGAACCAGGUAAUCGUCGUAGCUGGUUUUCAUGGCGUCGUUCUGGUGCUGGAUCUGUUCAAGAACAGAAGAAAUCACCUGUAAAGGAAGAAACAGAAACAAUGCCAAUUCCAACUUCGGCAUCAACAAUCUCACAGGAAACCAUCAAUUCUAUUAAGGAGGCUGAUUAUGUGCCAUUAUCUGAGAGCAAUGAAAAUGAGCUUACAAUCAAAGGCCAAAUGACUUUAGCUACAGAAAAAUUCAGGAAAACACUUCGUCUUAGUUCACAACAAAUUGAAUGUCUGAACUUGAAGAAUGGCGUCAAUGAAGUUGAAUUUAGUGUCACGACUGCCUAUCAAGGAACUUCAAGAUGUAAAUGCUACCUCUUUAAAUGGAAACAUAGUGAUAAAGUUGUUAUUUCUGAUAUUGAUGGAACAAUUACUAAAAGUGAUGUUUUAGGACACAUCUUGCCAAUGGUUGGUAAAGACUGGGCACAAAUUGGAGUUGCUCAAUUGUUCUCAAAGAUCGAAGAGAAUGGCUACAAGAUGCUUUAUUUAUCAGCUCGUGCCAUAGGUCAAUCUCGUGCUACACGAGAAUACUUAAGGUCGAUUCGUCAAGGAGACGUUAAAUUGCCUGAUGGCCCUCUUCUUCUCAAUCCAACAUCUCUUAUUUCCGCAUUUCAUCGUGAAGUCAUUGAACGCAAACCAGAGCAGUUCAAAAUUGAGUGCUUGAGUGAUAUCAAAAGUUUAUUUGGUGAUAAGAAUCCAUUCUACGCUGGCUACGGAAAUCGUAUAAAUGAUGUUUGGGCUUAUCGUGCUGUUGGAAUUCCAAUUAUGAGAAUUUACACAAUAAAUCCACGUGGCGAACUCAAACACGAAUUGACGCAAACAUUCCAAUCAUCUUAUGAGCAACAGUCAUCGACAGUUCAUGACAUUUUCCCAAGCCUUCCAAAGGCGUCCGCAAUGCCUGAUGAACACACAAUAUUGAUUAAAAUCAGUUGCAUGGAUACUAAAAAUGAAGAUGAUGACUCAUGCUUCACAGAAGAUGAUGGUGAUGAUUUACAGUUUGGUGAUAUUGAACUUUGAGAAAAGCAAUCAGCAUAAAAUUGCUGUGUCUUGAUCAUGACAAAAAUUUUAAUGAUUUUAUGGUCGAGUUGCCAUAAAAAUGUCAUUUCACGUCACGAAAUGGAGGAAGGAACAUCCUCAGAUUGAAAUACCAAAUACCAAAAACCCUGAUUACAGACAAAAAGAAUUUUUUUUUUACAAAGAAUAGAAUAAUUAAUGCAGUUAAGCUACUUAUAUUAAGUAAAACAUGUGAUCUCUCUAUAAAUAUAUUAUUAAUAGGAAAUUUAGACUAAAUUUGUCCCUUUUUGAUGAUAAAUAGAGGAUAUUAAGGAAAGGAUAAAUGACAAAAAAUACUUUUACGAAUGUAUAACUAAUGACAAUCGAAGUGCUUAAAAGUCGUUAUGAUUCAUUUAUGUGAAUAAUUUAUUUUAUUAUAUUUAAUUCUGCGAUGCAUUAAGAAUGCACAGAUAGCUAAUUAUUAUUUUUAAGGAACAAAAAAUAAACACAAAGCAAUAAAGUUGUUCAUGACAUUAUAAUUUUUUUUGUUAUUCCAGCUAAUUAUUAUUCUUUCGUUUCUCGUGCUUUUAUGUUCUACGUCCUGUUUACAUGUUUUUUGACUUGAUAUACUUUGUGGAUUAAGCCAAUGCUCUGAUUCUCUCUAAAUUCGUCCAAGGUCCGUCUACUUUUGUUGUUCAGAGUAUGCGUAAGAGUCGUUCACAAAUGACGAUUAUGGCGUGUCCUACAUGACAUGAAACUUCCCAAAAAAUACUCGACAUCAUUUGUGAACGAUCCUCUAUAAAUUUCUAAUUCUUUCGUCGAUAACUUUUCGCUGAUUCUACACAUAGUGCUUAUCCCUAAUUCUCUCGCCGGUAAUUUGACCUUGAACAUUUUUUCUUCAACUUGCUUAUUUUAAAACUACGCAUUUUAGUCGAUCAUAUAGUUUUACGUCAUGGGGGCUUGUUUGUUCGUUUCUUUUUCCUUGAUUUUGCUUUUCUUUGCAUAACUUUAUUGCUGUUUUGAUUUACUGCUCAAUGACAUACAUUGUUGAUCAACUGUUUCCACCAAUUAAAUUUACGGAUGACGAUGAUGACAUUGAAUAUACAGCAUUUAACUUUUGGCGUGAACCAGUUACUGAUGUUGAUGAUUUUGAUAUAUCUGGCAAUUCAACGCCUACAAAUACAUCACUUAAAGAAAUUCAAUCGAAGCCAUUGGCAACGAUUCCUGAGAUUUGAGGAUAUGAGAAUAAGCUUUAGAUCUUAACUUAACAUAAAUGAUAAAGUUUACCAGGAAUUAGAUUUAAAAAUUGACAUAAUUGAGAUAUCUAUCAAUAAUAUAUUCAUAUAGGAUGCUUUAUGGAAUUUUAUCAAAUUUAAUGUCAAGCAUUAGACAUGAGCAAUGAUUAAUUCGCAUUUUUGCAACGAUUAUCAAUCGGUAUAAAUUAAUUUUUGAGCUUAGUUCACAUAUACGAGAUGUUAAAUGACCUGCAAGGAUAUUUUUAAUUAAAACUUAAUGCUUUGCUUGAUUGCUCUCUAUCGAGAAAAUCUAGCCAGUCACUUAAAGUGCACGAAAAUGCUCACUCAAUACAAAAGCUAUAUAAAGGAUUAAGGAUGUUAAAAAAUGUUAUUUUGCAAAGAGUGUCUUUUUCAAGUCAGGCUAGCCUUUAAAAAUAAGCAAAGCUUUUUAACUCAUCCUAAUGCUUUCAUUUUGUCAUUUUUAAUCAAAAGCUGCAUUUUGGGCAUGCAAGGAUAUCUUCAAUUAAGCAUUUAAUGUCCAUUCGAUAGUUAUUAUUCACUUAAUGUUCCAGUGAAACACAAAACUAUGUUCAAUUUAGACUUUAGUGACUUUUAGGUUUGAAAUUGAUGAUGUCAGUUCCUUUUACAACCUUAUCUAAACUUAGAUUAUAUUUAUGGAUCAUCAAGUAAUCUUUGUUGCCUUUAAAAAUUAAGAAAUAAUUUUUUGUGAUAUUUUUUUUUCAUUUUUCUAAUUUCUCGGCUAUUUAUAAAGUCACAAAAAAUGUUUUGUGACGUGACUUAUUUAGGAAAGAAAAUGUCUUUAGAGGUCUUUAGUUCAAAUAAAUCUUACUUAUGUUGCAAAUGAUUUUUAAUGCUUAAUAGAUAUGAUAAUAAACAAUUUGAAAAAAU